AUCAUCAGUAAACAACAAUCAUUGACAGUCAUUAAUAUUUGUUUACCGCAAAUAAAUUUAAUUUUAUUAAAAAGUAUAUCAAAAGUAUCAAGAAUCAGUGAAUCAAUAUGAAAGUCAUUGACCUAAGACCAGAUGCUAAGCUGCUGAAAUCGAAUUUCGAUGGAUAUAAACUGUCAUUAGAUGCAGUUCCGAUUUUAAGGCUAGAGAACAUAAAUAAACCGCAUAAAGUUAAAUUAACCAGCUCAGAAUACUCAUUGUCACAUUCUAUGCUGUUUAAUUUGCAUAAUCAUCUUGUUCCAGACCCGUGGUUAUCUAAUACAGCAUAUUAUAUCGAUAGUACAUUAACAGUACAAAGGAUCCAGUAUGAUACACAAAGUGGACGUUUAAAACCAGCACAAGUUGUCUAUAAAUUCAGUAACAAUCAGGAACAGACGGAAGGAUCAUAUAAUACUGAAAUUAAGUUCAUAUCCGAAAAGUAUGCAGUGCUAAGCAACGGAACUGGAAUAUUGCAAAUUAUUGAUACUGGUGAUCGUCAAAAAAUCGAUGAAUGGAAGCGACUUGACUCAUUGGAACCGAUAGACAAGUCAUUUAUCAUUCAAGAUGCAAGAUUUAAGAUCGAUAAAGGAGAGAAAAUUAUUCAUUGCUUAUUGCUGCACAUUGAUCAGUUAGAUGGCAAAUUCUACAACAUUAUUGACUGGAUCACAUUAAAGGAAGAAUCCAGCACAAAGAAAUGGAAGAGCUCUGCAAGACGUACAUUACAAGGCAAAGGAAGCUUAUAUUACCUCUCAUUGGAUGUACAUUGCACUUCUGUAGUCUAUUCAUCAAAUCACGAAUAUAAGUACACCUUUGAUUCCGUUAAUGAAAUUGUUCAAGAUGUGGAAAUGGAAGCUGAUAAGCCAAAGGAAUUUGCAGACUCUGAAAGUUCCUUCCAAUGGUCACAAAAAGGAGAAGACAUAACAAUUAAUUUCAGUCAAAUUCCUGACGCUUUAAAGGACGAUUAUCAUGUCAAGUGUCAUCAAAGUCAUGUGGAAGUAAAGUGUGGCGAUGAAUUCCUGCUUAAUUCUGAUUUAUUCGCUGAAAUUGAUGUAGAUCUUACAACUUGGACACUUGAGAAUGAUUUCUUGCAAUUGAAUUUGAUUAAAAAAUCCCCAGAAUUAAUUUGGCCCUACUUAACUCCUGGUGGGCCAGCGGAAGUGCUUGCAGCUACUGAAAAAAGUAAUCAACUGCUUAGUUCUCAGCCAGCUCCUGAUUUAAAUUCCCAAAUGGAAGAAUGUGACUUUGGCGAUGAUGGACAUGAAAAUGAUGAAUAUUUCAUUGAGCAACUAGAUGCUACAACCCACAAAACUCAUCACAAAAUCUUCCUGGCCUCAAAUCAUCCUCUAUUUUCCAUCACACUUCGUCCUGGAUUCCCAAAAGCUAUUGCCGUUCGUAAUGAUGUGGAUUGCUGCUUAUGGCUUCAACAGCAAAUUACGUCUGAGGAUGAGUGGUCCUUAAAACAUGAAGGAACUCUGAAUGCAUUUGGCUACGUGCAAGCCUCCAAACGUGACAGAAAAUACAUGAUGUGCUCACCUGACAUGAGCUUAGCAGUUAUUUCAGAAUCAACAAGGCAUUUAUUCAUUUAUAGAGAUUCAUACAGCACUGCAACUGGAUUAAGAAAAAGAACAGGUCCACAAUUGUUAAUUGGACAACAGAAACUUGUUGCUUUAGACGGAACAAAUGGUGAAAUACAAGGAAUUAGUGUCGAAAAUGAUGCUGUCUUAUUGUUAACUGAAAAUGCAGUUUUAUGUCUACAGCUUGCUGAGGAAGAGUGAAUUAAGUCUUUAUUACUUUUUUAUACACUACAAUUUGAUGAAAUGAAAUAAAAUAAAUGGAGACUAGGAACUAAAACAUGUGAGUGGCAUUAGCAUCUUAAAACAAAAACAAUUUAGAUUCACUUCGACAGGCAUCGUAAAUCUUUGGAUAUUGAUACUUAAAUCCAGUUUCGAUUGUGCGUUUAGGUUCGAUUUUAGCGCCAGUUGUAAGCAAGACAGCUCUUUCCUGUGAAAACAUGAAAUUUACUACAAAUUCAGGUAGUGGAAUCAGUGCGGGUCUCCAAAAUUUGUGCACAUCACUUACUUUAGCGAAAUCCUUAUUAGUGAUGAUAUCAGGUGCUACAGCAUUUAAAACGCCGUCUACAUUCUUAUUUUCUAUAGAAAACAUAAUUAAUUCACACAAAUCAUCAAUAUGAAUCCAUGGAAGUGGCUGAUUGCCUUCACAAACAGGUCCACCGGCACCAAAAAAGAAAGGAAGGUAAAGUGACUUAAUCAUACCACCUUCUCUACCAAGCACAACGCCUGUACGGAGCUUAACAUUUCUAACUCCAAGAGAUUUAUCGAUUGUUGCAGCCUUUUCCCAUUCAAUGCACAAUUCAGACAUGUAGUCAUACUUUUUGCACUCAUCAUAUUCGGUAUAGACUUUCUUAUUGUCUGGUUUGUAGUUUGAAACGCCACUUAUGUUGAUGAAAACUUCAGGUUUUAAUUCAGGGCUUGCAUGGGAGAUUGCUCUCACUAAUGAAGCACUCGUAUUGAUUCGAGAGUUCCAUACAUUUUGCUUAAAACCAGGAGUCCAUCGUCUUGUUGGAUCUAGAACAUUCUGUCCACAAAGAUUGACUAUUGCUGUUGUUGGUUCCUUAAUUCCAUGUUUUUCUACUUCAUGCCAUGUUACUCUACCCAAUCCAGGCAUACGACUUAUUAUUGUAACAGUAUAUCCACUAUCUUUAAGUAGAUUCGACAGUCUUGUGCCUAUAAAUCCAG